AUGCCAAAGCAAUUUUAUUUCUUUAAAAAGUUGGGUGGAUUGGAUAAUGCAUUUUUGACAUUAUGGGACCUUCUAGAGUCCUACUUCUCAAAUAACUGGAUGGCAAUCUUAUUUAUAAUUUUUCUGGGAAUUAUCUUUGAGAUCAUACUCAUAAAGAUUUGUACAGCCUUUCAGAAGAAGCCUGCACUUCCUUCAGAAAAGGAUAAUACAGAUGCCCACAAGAAAGAAGACAGUUGCCUUAAAAGCAUGAAAUUUGAUAACUGGCCAAUUCAUUCAUCUUCAGAAGAAAGAGUUGAUGACUUUUCAGAAAGAACAAUUACUUCAUCACUUACAUCUGAAGGAAAUGAAGGUAACUUUGGAGACAGAGUUUCACUGCCAGAUGAACCAACACGGGCAAGUACCAGUGAAAGUAAAUAUCACCUAAGUCACUUUAGUGAAAGUCAUGAGCCAUCUUCAGAUGGUACUAGCUCGUCUUUGUCACUGUUUCAUUCAGAAGUACAGGGAAAUUUUCCAAGGUGCAGAGGGUGUCCUGAAAACGAACAUGAAACAAUACAGUUUUCAUCUAAGAAAUUAUUUUCCAUAAUGAAAGACAACGAAAAUAAAAAUUUGAUGUUUUCUUCUGACUUUAACUUUUCAAGAAUUUCUAGAAUCAUUAUAGAAAGUGAAGAUAUAGAUGUGGCACCAUGCUCUCCUGCCCAUUUAUUACUUUCUAGAGACCAAGUCAGACUUCUGGAAGAAAAUGUGAGAAAUCAAAUUCCUUUAAAAUCCAAAGCUACUUUAGAGAGUAAAACUCCCUAUCUGUACUCAAGGUCUCAAGAGCCCUUGAUUCAGAAUCAACAUUCUGUUAGAAGGGACAUUUCUGCCGAAGCACAAGAUUCUUUUCCGGGACAAAGUGCUCUUCCGAAUCAAGAUUUUUCUGAAGCCCAAUUUACUAGUCAAGCCCAACAACUUGUUAACAACCAGGUAUCAAUCAAUAGCCAGCCUGAUAUCAAGGCCAGAUACGUUGCUCUGCCUCAAGAUUUGAUGAGGAAACCACUUUCCAGCAGCACACAAGACUCCUUCCAGACCCAAGAUAGGGACAGGAGCCAACAUUUGGUCCAAGUCCCACAUUCUGUUGAGACUCAAGAUUCAAUCAAGGACCUAGAGUCUGAUACAAAACACUCAGAAGAGGCCCAAUAUUCUGUUUGGUUUGAAGAUUCAAACAAGAUUCAAUAUUCAAUCCCAGGGCAAAAUAAUAUUUUUAAUAAUGCCAGACAUCUAGUUUUAACUCUAAGCCCAAAUUCAGUUGCUAAAGUGAUGCCACAACUAAAGAGUGUAAAGACAAAGGGCCAGAAACAAAUUGCUAGCUCAGAAUUAAACCAGUAUCCUGCAUAUGGCUCAGUGCCUCUUUCACCUACCAUGACCAGGCAGAAAAACAGAAGAAAAACAUUACACAGUAAAAGUAAAUUUAGUCUCAAAGUUCUACCUCAAAAGUCAAAGAAAACACCAACUUCAUGGGUAUUUCAAAUCACAGUAUGUCACACUUCAGAAUAUAGCAAGUUAAGACACAGUUAUAAAACUAAGAAGAAAGAGUUACAUCAAAGAAAAGGUAUAUCAGGUUUAGCAUUGCGUCUUAUUUAUGCUUUCAAGCUUGUUCCUCCUUAUAUUAGGAAGUAUUCCAGGAAAAGACUAGCGAAAUUUAUGCCAGGUUUAACAGGAUGUAGGCAUUUUCUGCUGAAGCAAAAUAAGUCACUGUAUGCAGAGAAAGUCAACUAUGCAGGGCCUGUUGAGAAAAGAGGAACCUCAGGGAGUACUAAAAACGAAAAGCAUCAUGGCAGAGACAAUAAAGAACUAAGAAACAUUUCACCAAAAAUUCCACCUCAGCUAGAAGAGUCUUUCAUGGUCAGUAUUUAUCAACAAAAAGCACCUUGUUCUUCAUUAAUAGAAACAAACUGGAAGAAUAAAGAGUCUCUUAAAGACCCAAUUUUACAAGCAAAGGAAAUGGACAUUACAGAGUUUUGUGCCCCAAAUAGUGAAAAAACAUCUGACCUGCAUAUUGCAAAGCAUGAGACACCUUUAGAAGAAGCUAUAUCAGCACCUUUGCAGAAAUUUGAUUCCUCUCCCAAAAUGGAGUCAGACAGAAGAAUGAAAACAUGCGAGGACCUAAAAAGUACAGAGAAUUCACAUCUUCUACUUACAAGUGGAGAGAAGUUACCAACUAGUACGUCAGAAAUGCAAAGGUGCUUUCCAAAGGGAAAUACCCAUGAAAAAGAAGAUUUUCUUGAAAUUGUUCUGGAGUCUUCAGAUGUCAAUUUGCUCAUUUCACUAGGAACCAAAAAGCAUAAAAGCAGUGAACAGUCAGCAGGUGUAGAAAUUCAAGAGAGUCCAGAAGGUGUAAUUGAGAAGGAAAAGAAACCAUUAAUAGUUAAUGUUACAGAAGAUGGUGACCUAAGUGAAAGUGAGGAACUCGAAUGCAACACUAGAAGCAGCAUAAAAAAUAGGCAAGAUGAAAGAAUAUCUGAUGCAUUUCACGAUGCCACUCACACUGCCCUUUCUGAACCACCUCAUAUGGAAAUGCAGAGUGGAUUAAAAACCAAGACAGAUACAUCAAGAAUAGGGCUUAGUCAUUCAGCGGUAAAGCAAGAUGAAUUACCAGAUGACAAAAAAACAUGGAGUGCAGAAUACAUUGAGAAGAGAUGUAUAUUUAAAAAACCACAAGAACGUGACAGAGAGGAAGAACAACAGGCUCUGCAAGAAGCAGAUCCACAGCUAACAGCAGGUUUCAGGUUCAGUCUACAACUAAAGCAGAAGCCCAAGUACGUCAAAUUUGAAAUAGGACAGAGCUGUUCAGAAAGUAGAACAACUCAAAAUGAAGAGCUAGAGGUACAACCACACACUCUUUCUACAGAAACGAUUGUGGGCACUGGUCCAUGCCCCACAAUGGAUCCAUUUCAAGUUGAGAAGGUGAAGCAAAGCACAGACAGACCUACAGGCAGGGAAACUGCAGAUCCAGUGCAUCCUCUUACAGUGUCACAGAGCUUGCCAGUUUUAACUGAAACAACAGAACAUGGUGUCCCAUUGUGUGGAAGCCCCGGAAAGCCCCUGGAUGAUCAAAUUACAGAAGAAAAGGAAGACUUAAAAAGAGUUUUACCUGAAGUUGCCCUGGGGUCUCUCCAUAGGCAUAUGCUUCCUUUAUCAAGUGAGAAAAGGCAGAGAAUCAGAAAAAAAUUACCAGAAACCAAAAAUGUACGCUGUCUCAACCAUGUAACUACGAAAGUAAAGACGCCACCAAUACAUCGUAGAAGAAGAUUGAGAGAUGAUUUCAAAAUCAUGAUUAAACAAAUACUGCAAGAUGAAACUGUGGCAGAUAUGCUUCUGAAUGUUAUUGACCCUCACGUGUCUAUUUUGCCUUAUAUUAUAACACACAGCAGAUUAAAUGCAGAGAAUCACAGUCAUACCAAGCUAAAACAAGAGAUAUCAGAAGUUGAAAGAGAAGAAAAGUGUUCAGAUACCAUUACUAAAGGAAGUGACUCUGGAGACACACCAGAAGCAGCUAAAUUGCAAGAUGAAGUGAGUGGGGAAAAAGAAGCUUCACCAGAAGCAGUCCUUGAGGAUCGCUGGAACCUCAGAUUGGAUGCAUAUCCAGAGAAAGAGCUUAAAACAAAGAAAGAAAUGCAACAACCAAUCACAUUUGCAGAAAUCAUGAUGGAGUCUGUUUACUCGGCCAUAACAGAUCCAUUUCAUGCUGAGAAUAUGAAGAAAAGCCUGACCACACAAACAGAUUUAAGAUGCACUGCACAUUCUGAGAUGCCUCCUCCAGCAUCAGAAGAAUCACUGAUUGGAGACCCUUUAACAACAAGAGAAAGUGAUGUUCCAGAUUAUGGAAGUGAUACAAGGGAAAUGGUUUAUUCUUUUGCAGAAGCAAAGGCAGAAUUACCCAAAGAUUUACCAGCAAUUUUCCCAGAGACUUUUAAUUGCCACAUGCCUGUUUUAUCUCAUUCUAAAGUGAAGAAAAAUAGAGUAAGAUUCUCACAUCUAGAAAGCAGAGUGAAAUCCAAGUCUGUACACAUGAAAGCAUUGAAGCCAUCAAUUUCACAAAUAUGUAAUAUCACAGGUCAUAGAAAGAAACUGGAAUCUGACUUUAAGGCCAAGUUUGAAAAGAUCAACCAAGCUAAUGGGAUGGCUUAUGAAUUUCUAAACACCCUUUACUCUCCUGUGUACAGCAGGUUACAAGGAGAGACAAACAGCUUCUGCCAUGCUCAGGUAAAGCUCCAGGGACUAGCACAUGAGGGGAGACCACAGUAUGUUGAUUUCUUUGAUAAGAGUAGUGCAUUCUAUGACAGAGAAGGAAAAGUACAAGAUGGAGAGGAAGAGGAGCAAAAAACGUUGCUGGUAACUGCUCCGCAGCAUACCCAGUGCCUCUGGAUCAAUGGGUAUCAAGGGAAAGAGACCCACCUUGCCGAACCAGACCCAGCACUGGACCGUUUAACACAGGAACAAGAUAUACAGCACCGAACAUGCUUUACACAAAUUGCUUUGCAGACUGGCCUCCAGAUGGGUCCUCAAGAAGCUAAGGAACUCCAGAAGAUCAACAAACCAGAAGAUGACAUAACAGCCCCUACGGGUCUGGAGAUUCCAGCUCCCGAGGCAGGGGAACAAGAUUUACCAGCUCCAGAGACUAGCCAAGGCCUCAUAUUCAAUAUAUAUCAGAAGAAGAAUCAUGACCUUGUCAAAUCACAUGAGGAACUGAAACAACCAGGAAGUAUAAAUAUUCAGGUACAACCACAAACACAUUUUGCACAGAUUAUUUUAAGCUCUGCUUCAUGCCCUACAUUGGAUCAGUUUCAACUUAGAAAGCUAGAGAGCUAUGCUAGGUUUUCACCUCCAAUGUCAGGAGAAGCAAAGAUUGAUGAACACAUAUUUUCUGCAAGAGAAUGUGGUGUUCCAUCUGAUGCAAACCAUCAAAAGGAACAAGCUGAUGGUAUUGAAAAGAAAGAGACAGUGACUUUAGAUUUCUGCCUGGCUUCUUUAUCUAUAUCCAAAAGCAAGAGAAACUUCAAACAGUAUUCAGACUUGAAAACCUUAAUGAAGCCCAAAUGUGGAAUUUUAAAAGCAAAGAAACCAUCAAUUUCAAACAUGUUCAAUAUCAAGGGUGGUGCUAGCCCAAAUCAUAGAAAAGAAUUGGGAUAUAACUUAACAACCAAAAUUAAAGAGGUGGAUGAAGGUGAAAAAAUGGCAGACGACAGGUACUCCCUCACGUCUAUUAUACCUGCUGUUAAUAGGUAUAGCAAGAGAGAAAGGGAAAAAAACAUGUUGUUAGGAGAAAAAAGACUCAGUUCUAAACAAGUAAAGCGAGAGAUAUCACCACAUGAAGGUAAUAUUACUCCAGGUGACACCAAAGAAACCAAUCUUCAAGAUGAAGAGGAAGAAGAAGGUGAACAGGAGAUGUUGUUAAAGAUAAUUCCACAGCACAGCCAGCAUUUCGUCUUCUGUUCAGGCCAGAGGAAGGAGCUUGACCUUCACAAAUGGGGAAACAAAGGACGUGGGAAAAUUCUGUUUGUUACAGAACAAGACAUCCCACGACAAACGCAGCUUCCAGAUCCAACCCAGGCAGAGGAGCCAAAGAGAAGCCAGCAGACACUAAAUGGCACGGUGUGGUCAGCGAGUUCAACCCUUCCCUUUCUAAAGUCAAAGGAAUCACUAAUUGGUCGAGUUUUAAUUGAUACAAUGAAAUGCGAUGUCCCAAGUAAUGGGAGAUGUAUGGGGGACCUGUACGAUCAUGGUAAAGAGACAAAGACAGAGUUUAAAGAAGAUCUACAAGCAACUGUCCUAGAGCUAGAGAAAUCACCAAGUGAUGGGGAAGCAUGGGAGGCCAAUUUGGCUGAUACACAAAGCAGAUCCAGCAACACAGGUAAAAUGAAUGUGCCACAUAAAAAGGAAGAGGAAAACAUCCCAGAAAUGUUAGCAGAAUCAAUUCUGCACUAUAGUCAACACUUCCAUUUCAGUUCCCAUCAUAUGAAAAAUCUUGGCCCUUGCAAACCAAAAUCUAAACUGAAUAGUUCAGAAGGCAGAAGGACUUGGAAUUUGUCUUGUGCCAUGCAAAAUAUGAGGCAAGAAGAACACAUUAGAGAAACUAUUUUAGAGCCUGUUUCUAGAAACGUGAUGAAUUUUAUUCGAGUACAAACAUUGAAGAAAAGUCUUCAUACUCAAGAGGGAAUACAAUAUAUGGUAGGUCUAAAGACCCCAUUUCCAAAAGCUAGAAAAUCAGAGACUGGUUCCAUACAAUGUGAUGGUCUCUGGGAUGGAAACCCGAGGAGGAAAUGGGAUCGUCCUAUUUCUAAGAAAAAGACAUGGAAUCAAAGUGACUUAGUAAGAACUGUCUUAAAGCCUUUAGAUUUCUCCAGCCUUGAUUCGUCUGAACCCAAAAGCCAGAGUUACACAUUAGAGGUUGCAGACAAGAAAAAUACAACGAGUCCCAAGCAGGUAAUUCUGGAGGCAGAGAAACCAUCAAUUUUACAGGUGCUUAAUAGCACAAGGUGUCUUACAGUAAGCCAUAGAAAAAAACCCCACAAAGUUAAGUACAAGAUAAGAGAGAGGCAAUGGAAUGAAAGUGUGAGAGAGACAUUACUCCUCACCACUGAGGGAACUAAGAUUCCAACGCCUAAGUUAGUGAUUGACCAACUCUCAUUCGAUACAGCAGCGAGGGACACUCUGUAUAAUGACAGAACACGUCACAAAAAUCUGGGUGGUCUUAUUACAGAGAAAAAGGCAGAGUUGGAGGAAAACUUAGCCACAACUCUCUUGGGGCCUUUAGAUUUAUUCACUCCUAUUUUAUCUGACUCUGAAAGCCAAAUAAACACAGUACAAGAGAAAAUCAUACUGAAUCCCAGAUGUUUAGCUCUGAAGAAAAAGGAGCCACUCAUUUCACAGAUACUUAAAAUCAAUAGGCAGUUUGCCACAAAGCAGAGGACAAAACUUAGAUCCAAUUUAAAAACCAAAAUGAAAGAGAUUUGGCAAGGUAAAAAUGUGGCUGUUAUAUUUACAAAUGCCAUUUACUUCGCAUUGGAUACCUCUGACGUUAAAAGGCAAAGCAGAUUCAAAACAGAGAUAGACAGAGUAUCAAGGUUUAGUCCUGUACAACCAACACACAUGGAGUCGCCAGUUGAAAGCCAAGUAAUUUUACAAUCAGUUAAUGCCACAGGUCAUGCUGCUUUAAGCAUUAAUAAGGAACAGGAACAGGAACAGCGGAUGGACAUAGAGAGAGAGAAAACUGUGUUAAAUGCAGACCUAAAAUCUACAGAUGCUUCUACGUCUAUUCCACCGCACAUAAAAAUGGAGCAGUCACCUAGUACCUGGGGUAACUAUGAAGAAUCUUCUGAAAAGAGAAAUGCCCUGAACAAAGCAAAAGUUACAGAGGAAGAAGAGUAUGAACAACAGGUUUUGUUUGGAACACCUCCACAAAAUACCCAGCCAUUUGAGUUUCUACAAACGAGACAGCAAGAACCAUGUGUCUCAGGAACCAUCCAGAAUUCUGCUUAUGCUUACAAUCCUAAAUAUCCUAAAAUCAUAAAACAUAAAGCUAAUGCAAAAGCAGCAGGUGUGAAAAACACUACGCACACUGAACAGGUAAAAUUGAAGGCAAAGAAACCACUUGUUUCCCUGAUGUGUAACACAACAGGUUAUGGAACCCAAAGCAACGAAAAGGAAACGAGGUGUAACAUCAAGAAACAGAAGCCGGGGUUCCAGCAAGGUAAAGCUGAGGUAGAGUUAGUCCUGAAAACUAUUUGUGACUCUGGGUCUAUUCCACCUCAAAUUCAAGCAUUGAUGGAAGCAGAAAGGGAGAAAGGCAAGGCACAAAGGCUGACACACAUUCCUCCAGAGCCAAAGCUGGAGAAAGCGCUAAACAGAAGACAAAUAGCAUUUUCACAGUCCAUUGCUAAGAGUGCUAAAUCAAGAAAUAUUAAAACACUGAAACAAUAUAUUAGAGAGCAAGAAGAAAAGUACCAAAUUGCUUCACCAGACGUUCUCCCACAAUGUAAAUACCGAUUUGUGAUGAGCCAGCCACUGAAGAAGGAGCCUGACGAUGUCAAAUUCACAGUAGAUUUGAAAAGAGAAGUAUAUCCUGAUCGACAUUCACAAAAGAGGGAAACCAACUGCACUACGUUUGACAUCUCAAGAAUUAGAUUACACACAAAACACAAAUUCCUUAUCACACCAGGAGUAAAGGAGGGAGAUGGAGAUAUGGCCCAACAUCCAUUUCCAACUCUACAGUGGAGAGAAGUAUCCAAGAAAACGGACAUUUCCUUAAGUUCAAAAGGACAGAAUAUGUUUCUUCCAGAGUUGGAUGCUUCUCAACAGAAGACAUGCAAGGAGCAGAAACUGCUGAAACAAGGAAGUAUUUCAAGGACACACCUGGAGCAUACUUUGUAUCCCAUUAUGGAAACUCCUCAUUUGGAAAAUACAGGAAAGGUCUCUGAGGAAGGUACGUACAUUGACAGAAAAAAUAUUUCACAUCUAUUGGGAAGAGAAGGAUUAAGAGAAACUGAUAUCUUACAAGGUUCAAAAGGACAGACAUUUCUUUGUACAAAUGUAGAGGCCCAGCAAUAUAUGUCUGCAGUGCAGAAAGGAGAAGUGAAACCAGAUCACGCUCCUGAACGGAUUCUGGAUUCGUUAUCUUGCCCCAGUGAGGAGCCUCUUCAUGUAAAAGGGGCAAGAAAUACAACAGGGAAAGAAAAUGUUAACAUGCCUAUCGUUUCAAAUGUAAAUCCAUGGGGAAAAGAGAAACCAAAAUUAAUGGAUAUUCUGUCAAAAUCAAAUGGACAGAAAAUAAAGUUUUCUAAAAAACAGUGGGCAAAGCAACAAAAUAGUUCGAACCAGAAGGAAGAAAAUCUUCUGGAAUCAGUUUCCUCUUGCAUAUUGCAUCAACUCCAUAUUGGAAAGCGAAAGAAAGAAGUCUCAGCCAGAGGAAUCAGUCCAACAGUUUUGAGCCCAGUGGUAGAGAAAGCAUCAAACAAAGCAGAUAUUCCAGUGGAUCAACCUCCAUGCUCAGAAGGAAUUAAUUUGCAUAUUGGAGGAAGAAAAGAACAUCAACAAGAAAAUACAUGCAAGGCUCUUCUAACAUCUGUUUCUCAUUCUUUGAUGAAUAUACUUCAGAUUAAAUUGCUAAGGGUAACGAAAGCAUUAAAGGAAGUCGAUAGUCCAACGUACCACACUUCAAAUACAGAAGGAAUUGGCUUGCCUAUUGCAGGACGAGAAGAGCAACCAGAAUAGAAAUGUACUUAUGAGGCUCUUCGAAAGUCUGCAUCUCACUCCCAAGCAGGUCUACGUCAAACUGAUACCCCAGUGCAAGAAGUAAAACUAGAUGGCACAAAUAGGAUGAACUGUGAAUAUUCACCUCCACAGGCUAAGGAAGCAUUCAAAGGAAUGGGUGUUAUUGUUGGAUAUAUUCAAAAAAGUGAAGAAAGACAAAACUUACCCAGUAUAGAACAAAGCCAGCAGCACUUGCUGACUCCCUCUGAGAAUCUUCUGGAGCAUACAUCUUACCCUCAAAAUGAUCUCUGGCUGCUGCCACAUUUAACACCUCUGGCAAAGGAAGCAUUAUCGGAAGUAGGUAGUGUGUCAAGCAGGACAAAAGGAUUAGACUUGAUUUCUAAAGAUCAACUAAAUACCGGAUGUGAGUAUGGCCUGGAAUGGACUGUACCCUCGAUUCCUCCAAGGCAAACAACAAAACAAAAUACAAGGCCGCCUUUAGAAUCAUUCACUAAAACUGUAAAAUAUCAGAAUGUCUCAUUGCCGAAAGGAGAGAAAUCACUGGAUGGGGCGCAGGUAACUGAUUCAAUAUCAGAUGUUAGCUCCCCCAAGCUAAGAGUUAGAAAGAAUGUGCAAUUACGUAAAGCGUAUCAGAAAAAGGUGCAAAAAGAGGUAUGUCUACCUGGAUUAUUUUCACAUUCUCUUUCUAUCCAUAUGCCUCUUUUGCCUGAAAAUAAAAGACAGAAGGAUGACUUAAAGCAAGGAGUUAAGAAAGGCAUAAUACACCCCCAAAGAACUUUGGAGAAAUUGGUAUUUUCAAAUAUGUUUAAUACCAGUGACGGUGGUAGCCCAGGCAAUAGACCAGAACUGCAGUGGAGCAUAAAAGAGAAAAUGGUAAAUAUAAAACAUAGAAAGGUCAAACCUGAUUUGGUUUUGACAAAUAUAUAUGAGUGCAUCCCUUCUUUACCUUACCUCAAAUUGAAUAAGAAGACAAUUGAUGAGAUUAUCUCAAAUAAUGUAAAAAGAAUAAAACAACCUAUAUCACAGAAAAAGGAGAAGGAAAGAAGAAAAGUCAAUAUGAAAGGAAUAAUGGAUCCCAACGUUAUCCUGAAAGCAAAGAAAUCAUCACUGUCACAUAUACUCAAUGAAAAGGAAUUGCCAGGGCUGUUGAACAUUAUAAAACAAGAGAGCAAUGUGCAGAUAGGUAAAGGUAAAUCAGGUGUGAAACUGACAAACCUGUUUACUUCCUUACCAUCUCUAUCACAUCCUAAUUUGAUUUCAAGAACAAAAGGAGGAAGAGAUAAGUCAGGAACACCAUGGAACUGCCUUCCACCACUAAACCUCCAGGCAUCAUCAAAUAUCAGGAAAACAUCAUUUGCAGAGUCAAUUAAUAGAGACAGUUUAAGCAACAUAAUAGAAUCAAAACAACGUUUGCCCCAGAAAAAGAAGGAAGAUGGAGACAAUAUAGUAUAUAUGAAAGAUAUAAGGGGCUGCAAAUGUGCCCCUUUUAAAAGAAAGAAGAAACUUUUUACACAUACACUGCAUGGAAACGAACCACGGUGGAACAAUAAAGAACAAGAGAAAAUGAUGCAGGAAGAUAAGAGUGAUCUAGUUGUAGUUCAGAAUAAGCCCUAUGUUUCCAUUCUGUCUUCACCUCACCUGGAAUGGGGUCCUGCAGUGAAAGAAGAGGCAUACAUGCGAGGAGUAUCAGGGUUCUGCCUUCCACCAUUGACCCUCCAGGAAUUGUCAGAUGCAGUGAUAAUAUGUGAGGAGCCAACUGAUGAUAUUUUAAGCAGCAUAGAAAGAUCAAAAUAUAUGUCACAGGAAAAUGGAGAUAAAGUGGAAAUGGCUUUGGAAGAGAAAAGGAAUCCCAAAAGAAUAGCUUUGGAGGCGAACCAGUCUCCAAUUGCACGGGAAUUACAGUUGAACAUCAAAAAAAAAGAGGAAAAGAUGCAGGAAGAUAAAGAUGAACGAGUUGGGAUUCAGAGAAAAUCUUGUGCUUCCAUCUCUUCUCCGCCUUACUGUGAAGUGGACACAAGAAGGAAAGGAGAAGCAAUCAUGCUAAGAAAAACAAGAUCCUCUUUUCUACAACCAAAACUCCAGGGUUCAUCAGAUACAGGAAACAUAGCACAUAAUAAGUCUGUUUAUGGUGAUAACUCAAACAAUGUAAAAAAAGCCAAAGAACAUACAAUGCAGGAAGAAGAGGGGAGAGUAAAAAUGGCAAAAGUCCUACCUUUGGAGAAAAAGAAAUCACCAAGUUCACAGGAAAUCCAGUUGGACAUCAAAGAACAAAAGAAAAAGAUACAAAGAAUUCAGGGUGAACCAAGUGUGAUUUUGACACGUACUUCCAUACCUGCUACUUCUUUUAAAUUGGAUACAAGAAUAAAAGAGGCAGACUACAGAGCUGAAGUAAGAAGGUACUCUCUUCCAGAACCAUCACACCAGAAAUCAUCAGAUGUAGUGAAAAAAGAAAAUAAAGAGUUCAUCAAGGGUGAUAGCACAAGUGAUGUACAAGCAGCAAACGUAUAUAUGCCCCAGAAAGAAAAGGAUAGAGGAAAAAUAGUAAAUAUGAAAUAUAUAAUGUACUCCAAAGAGACAACUUCCAAGGCAAAGGUAUUACCACUUCCACAUGUACCCAAUACCCCUGGCAGGUGUAGCCCCCAAAUUAGAGAAGUACAGACAAACAGAAGAAAAGACUUGGGACAUGUACAGGAAAGAAGAAGUGAACUAGAUGAGGUUCUGACAGGACCUUGUCUACCUCAGUUUACAUUAAGCAAAGUUAUAGAAGGCAAGAAAGAGAAGCAAGGAGUAAUAAAACCCGGUAUUCCAUCCUCAUGGCACAGGGAAUCAUCAAAUGCAGAGAAAUUAAAAUACACACUGUCACCUGUGAAUGAUAUCUCAAGUGAUUUGAAAAGAACAAAAUACAUGACACAGAAAGAAGAGGAUAAAGCAAAUAUUUUUGUGAGAGACCUAAUGCAUCCCAAGUGCUUAGCUUUGAAGGCAAAGAAAUCACCCCUUUUCCAUAUACUCAAAGCAAAGAAACUGCAAGUGAACAUCAAAGAGCAAGUGAAAAGGGGGCAAGAAGGCAGAAGGGACACAGUUGUGCUUCUGAGCAAAAUUUGUCCUUUUGUCACUUCUUCAGUUCAUCUUAAAUUUGACACAACAACAGAAGAAGAAGGUGGUCCAGGAAUCAUAAGGAAUUAUGUGCCACCCCCUGAGCUCCAAGAUUCAUUGCCUUCAGUGCAGAUAGCACCUCCAAGGUCAACUGAUAGCCACAGAAAGAAAGGAAAACAACAUCCACCACCAAAAGAAAAGGACAGAGUACAAACAGCAGCCAUGAGCGGCUCAGUGCGCACCAGUGGCACAGAUUUCAAGGCAAAGACAUCGGCCCCUCCUCAUGUGUUCAGUGUUGCUGAGCACGGUGCUCUAAGUAGGAGAAAGGAACCAUGGCCGAGCAUUGAGGAGAGAGUAGAACAGGGGCAGGGAAGAACAGAAGACCUUGAUGUGGCUCCAACAAAAACUCCUCCUUCCUCGCCUUCUGUAUCUCACCAUAGAUUGGAUGCAGGAACCAAAGGAGACGAAGACUUGCCUGCAGUUGCAGGAUUCUCUCCUUCACCAUUUCAGCUCCCUGAGUCAUCAGGUGCAGGGAAAAUCAGAUAUGCAGAGUCCAGUCAAGGUAUUAGCUCAUGUAAUGUAAUAAUAAAAACUAAUGGACAUAUGCCAUAUAGAGAGACAAAGGUCAGAGUAAAAACAAAAGACAAGAAAGAUAGAAUAUACCCCAAAAUAAUAACUUUGGAAGCCCAUACAUCCCCACUUACACAUCUACUCAGUAGAAACAGACUACCUUUGAAUGUCAAAGAGCAAGGGAAGGAAGUGCAGGACAGCAAAGGUGAGCCAGAAAUUGUUCUGAGGGAAACUCGUGCCUCCUUACUUUCUCCAUCUUACCUGAAAUGGGACACUAGCAGGAAUGAAAAGGAAGACACAGAAAGAAUAGCACAGUCCUGUUUUUCACCACUGAAGGUUUAUGAUCCAUUCAAUCCAAGCAAAAAAGCAGAUGCUAAGUCAUUUGAUGGUUAUUCGUUAAAAGACAAAGAUAGACUCAAAACAGGUAUUGAAGACAAAGUGCUCCCAAGUGAAAAAGCAGAUACUAGGUCAUGUGAUGGUUAUAUGUUAAAAGAGGAAGUUAGACUCAAAACAGAUACUCAAGACAAAGUGCUCCUGAUAUCUAUGCAUCAGAACACAAAGGAAUUACCACUUUCACAUAUACGUGAUACCAAAGAAUUGAAGUGGAAAAUUAAAGAGCAAAAGAGAAGGGUACAGAGAGAGGACAGUGAACUAGUCAUAAAACUGAAAAACAUUUAUACUUCUUUACUGGCUCUACCAUAUCUUAAAUCUGAUACAACAGAAGGAGAGGGGUACAUGAUAAGAAUUACAAAAUUGCCUCUCCCACAAGCACAGUCCAAGGAAUCAUCAGAAUAUGCUGAAACCAAUGAGGGACAACUUUCAAAAGAUGUAAAAAAAUUAAAAGAACACAUGCUACAGAAAGAAGAGAAGGAGAGAGAGAAAUAUGUGGAUAUGAAUAGUAGAGUGGACCACAAUAAUAUGGAUUUGGAAGCAAAAGAAUCACCUAUUUUACUUACAUACAAUCUAAGUGACCUUCAGUGGAAAACUAAAGGGCAAGAAGGGAAGGUUCAGGAAGAUAAAUGGGAGCCGGGUGAUGUAACACUGACUGAGACUUGCACUUCUAAAUCUUCUCCUCUUCACCUUGACAAAAACACCAGCAUCAGAGAAGAGGGCAUGCCAAUGUUAUCAAGACCCUCUUUUCCCCCAGUAAACUUUCAGAAAUCAUCAGGUUCUGAGGAAGUGGUACAUGCAGAGCCAGUGGCUAGUGAUACUGUCAUCAGUCCCCCAAAAGAAAAACAUUUGCCCCAGAACAAGGAAGAGGAUGGAGUAGAAAGAGGAAACCUCGUGUCCCCCAAACAUCAUGAAAAGGAGAUGCAGAAAAGUAAAGAUGGACCAGGUAUGGUUCUGACCAAAUCUUCUACUUCAUCACCAUCUCUCCCUGCCCUCAAAUUGGAUAAAGAAGUACAAGUCAAUGAUGAAAUGCUAGCACUUAAAAGGUCUGUUUUGCCCAGAAUAUCAAAUGCAGGGCAAAUAGUACAUACAUAUUCAAUUAGUGGUGAUACCAUGAAAGAUGCUCAAAACGAGGAACAACUUAUGCCUGAGAAAGAAGAGAGGGAAAGAGAAAAAACGGUAGAUAGGAGAGGUGCGAUGCACACCAAAGAUAUAACUUUGAAGUCCAAGAAGUCACCUUCUUCAUAUAUGCUCCACAGAACAGAAUUACAUCUGAACAUUGGAGGGAUAGAGCAAAAGAAACAGGAAAGUCAAGGUAAACCACCCAGUACGGUGGUAAGAAACAUUUAUGUUUCCAAACCUCCAACUAAGCUGAAAUUGGAUAAAGGUACACAAGUAGAUGAAGGAAGGCUUGGAAUUAAAAAACCCUCUCUACUUCCACGAAUGCUUUCAGCAUUAUCAGAUGCAAAGAAGAGACCAGAUACGAAGGGAAUUGGUAGUGAUGUUAUAAAAAGAAAACAACAUAUGUCAGAGAAAGAAAAAAAGUAUGAUGUGAAAAAAGUAGAUAUGAGGCUCAGGACACAUCACAAAGAGGCAACGAUUUCACCAAUACCACAUGUCCUUAGUACAAAGGAAUUUGUGUUGAAUGUUAUUAAAGAGCCAGGGGGAAAAGUGCACAAAGGUAAAGAUGAACCAUGUAUGGUUCUGACAAGAACUUUUCUUUCCAUCCCAUCAGCACCUCUUUAUCUAGAGUCAGGGAGCAAAAUAGACAAAGACACACCAGGAAUCAUGGGAUCCUCUCGUCCACAGCAGAAUCUCCAGGAAUCAUCAGAUACCCAGAAAACAGCAAUUAGAGAGUCAGCUGCUGGUGAGAGUGAAAUUGUUAAAAAUGCAGAACACUCGGUGCCAGAAGAGGCCGUGCAACAGUGGACCUCAAACUUCAUGAUCAGUGUACAGCGAAGGAAAGAACCUCCACAAGUCAAAUCUGAAGGAUAUUUGAGUCGGUUACUUUUAAAUUCACAGCAUGAGGACUUUUAUUUCACAGGAUUUGGUACCAUUACAAGUGGGAAAAGGCUGGAAUGUUUCUUUUCAGGGCCAGAAGCUCAGGGAGAAAAAUACAAACCAGAAACUUUUACUAUGGUUCUUUCCUUCCCCAUGAUGGAUCUAACUAAAAUAGAAAAUCUGAAGAAAGAAACGGAAAUAAUGAAUAACUUAAACCAUAAAAUAAGUCCUCAGGUUUUAGUUUCACUUCCAAGGAAACUAUCCAAGGACAUAUAUGCCACACUUGGCUCCCCUGUCAGUUCAGAAGGAUUUUCUGCUUCAGAGCAAGGUGCCUACCAACAAGAAACUUUAUCAAAAGCAUCUCCAGGAUCUGCAGAGUCAUGUAAAUUUGAUAGGCCAGAGGAAGACAGACGAAAUAAUGAAAAAAUAAGUGAAAUGUCCUCUCCCAAAGUGUUAGCACCACAGACAAAGGAAUCACUUGAGAAAAUGAAUAUCACAGAGUCAAAUGACCCCCAAAAUAUAGAAAAAGAAGUUGUCAUGAAAAAGCAAGUGUUGGUGCAGUCUGGGAGUGGACAGAAGACCAGGGUGGAUUCUAGCCUUUCUCUGAAGAUUCCACUUCAAAAUGUAAAGCAGAAGACACCACUGGAAAUAGAUAUGCACAAGCAAACUACAGUGUACCCCGGAAUACAAAUACUACCAGGAAUACACAUGGAUAUUACAGAGUUUGAUGCCCAAAGAGGGAACAGGGAGCAGACAUUGCUUGUUCCAGAACAAGAGGAACACAGUCUAGAAUCACCUCAGAAGUCUAUUUCCUCCUGCUGGACUUUUGCACUUCAAUCUGGAGAUCUGGAGGAAAAAAACAAAACUGACACAAGCUCUACUAGAAAUCUGGUGCAAAAAAGGUUACAAAUAAAAGAAGAGAUAUUACAAAUAGACACAAAUAUAGCUGUCCAUCUGGAAGAGGAUAAAAUAGAAAUGCACAAACACACCAUUGUUAAUCUGGAGAAGGAGACAAUAAAAAUGGACACAAGCAAUACAGUAAACCUGAACACUGCAUCUCUAAAGGCAGAGGAACCUCAAAUUAAGAGUCAGGUAAUCACUCAUAUGGCAAACAGCUGCCUAAUCAAGCAAAAACAUAAAAAGGAACGAGAAGUGUCUGGUGCAAAACAAAACAUUCAGCUACAAAAAAUGUUUCAAAAACAUGUUCUGGAUUCAUUUUACGCCUAUAUUCCUCUUUCUCCCAAAUUUGGAGGCCAGGAAGGCAGAUUAACAAUAGCAGACUUGAAAAGAGAAUUGAGCCCCAAAUAUUUAAAUAUGAAAACCCCAAAGCAUCCAGUUCUACAGAUUCUAGGCAAUACAGGACAUGGUACUCCAAGCAAUCGAAAGAAAUUAGAGUAUAACUUUAACAAACCAAAGAAAAUAGCUUUGUGGAGAGAAGAUGCCUCAGGAAUAUUUGUCAGAAGUCUUUCUAUUUCCAUGAUGAGUCCAUCUCAGACUAAAGAAACAGUAAAAUCUGAGAUAAACCUAGAAAGAGCAAAGAGAACCUGUCUUUCAAAAUUCCAGAAGAAAUCACCAAACGCUAGUGAAACUAUGAAGAGGGACAGCUCAAGCACUGUAAAAGAAGGGGACCAGAAUUUUACAAAGACAGUUCCACAGGAUUCCCAGCCCUUCAUGGUGGAUGAACGACAAAUGCACAAACUUCCUAGUGUCAAAUCAGAAGCAAACCUUAGCAGUGAAAUAUAUAAAAAUUUAGCUCCACAAACAAAAGAAAGUGUUGUUCCAUGCGAUGAUAUCUCAAGGAUCGUAAAAGAACCUGACUUGCUUAUGAUCAAGCAAGAGAAGGCACCAAAACCCAUUCAGACACCUACAGAGUGUCCAUUCAUGUCUAAAGAUCCAAAGGAAAAUUGUGCCUCGCCACCCAAGCAUAGGGAUCAGAGUGAACCUGUGCAGGACACAGCCAUACAAAAGGUCCAGCCACAAAAAACUUCUCCAGGAACUGUGCCUGUACCACCCCAAGUUAAAAGUAAUGAAAUAAAAAUAGUGGCAGAUAGUCCAAGUGCAGAAAGUUUACUUCCUCUUUAUGAAGCGAUUAAAAAUGUCAUUGAAUCCCAGGUAAAAAAUAUGAUUCGAGACAAAUUUUUUCCUAAUAUACUGGAAAAAGUAAAAGACAAUAAGACUGAUGAUUGGAAGUCACCACCUUUGGCAGGGGGUCCAGAUGCAACAUCCAUGACAAUACGUCACAAAUUGCAGCCAAAACCUAUUUUAGAAAAUUUUACUUGCAAAGAAAAAACCAAGCCCACUAAUCAUUUAGAGUCAAAAGCACCUGAAAUAAAACUGAAUUUGAUACCAGAGGUGGUAAAACAAUCCUUCCAAAAGUUCAACUUUUAUCAAAAACUGGCUAUUUCAAAACAUAACAGUUGGAAGCUCUAUCCAAGACAUAAAAAAAUGUUCUUUUUGUCUCUGGAAGGGAUUGAUACUAUAGAAUUUAACCUAAAGCACAAAUACCAAAAAGACUCACCUCCUGUCAGCUGUAUGAAGUCACUGAUUGUUAAUGUUUCAAGGGGCAGUGAAAAGAUCAUUACAAAGUUAAAGAGUAUAAAUGAGCUAGAAAGUGGAACAUCUCCUUUGACUUCUGCUAGAAAGAUGACAUUGCCUCAUAUUCUCCAAAACUAUUCAGUAGGAGAAAAAAACAAACUUCUCAUACACUUUUCUAUGAAAACACUGGAGAUUCAAAUGAAAGCCUUUCCCAGAAUUGUAAGAGAAUCUUACACGAUGGCCAGGGCUCAGGAUGGAAGGAAACCUUUAUCUAAAUGUAUUCAUUCUGGUGCCAAAGUACCAAAACGAAAAAACAGAGUUUUGUUACUUUUUGAGGAAAAAUCUCUUCAUCAAAUAGAUCUUGAUUUACAAUACAAAUACCUUCAUUUUCUCCUGGGCUCUCCAGUCAAAAGUAUGUUCCCUAAGCCAAAUGCACUUCCCAAACAUAUUCUUAAAUUACAGACAGUUGCAAUACGUAAAAAAAUAGACAAUAGUGGAGAAAGUGGUGGUCUUUCCAUUGAUACAAGCCCGUUAGAAGAACAUAUCUCUUUCAAAAAGCAAAGUUUCCAUGAAAACUCAUCAUUAGUCAGAAAUUUCUUGGAGCCCACCCAGGUGUGUGCCUCUGACCCUGAUCAACACAACACAGUGCAGAAAGAUACCAUGGCUCUUUCAAAGUUAAAAUCUCAUGUGACUCCAGAAAAAGAUAAACGAUGUCAUGUAUGGUUUCAAGAAACAAAUACAUGUGAAUCUGUUGACUUAAAGACUCAGGAAAAGACUCAGGAUUUAGUUGAUUCCCAUUCAAUUCAGAAUUUUGAAGAUUUUACUGAUAGUCAGACAAAUAUUGAGAGUUCAGAUAACUUGGAGGAAUGCUCAGCUCUUGAUGUACACGAGAGUGAAGAAUGUAUGUUUUCAGAUGCCAACCCUUAUUUAAGUUGGAAAUCACAGAAUAUUCUGUUUGAAUUACAGAAAGGCAUGCCUGUGGAAAAUCUCUACAAGAAGAAAAAAAUCAAAACUGAUUUGGAACCACUUUACAGUGAAGAUUCAGGUUCCCAUCAUAUUAGAGGCUAUCAAAAACAUUCCUCAAUUGUGACACCACCUUCUUAUGAAUCCCACAGAAGCAGGAAACAUAGGAAACAUGGGUCAUCUUCCAAAAUGCGACCUCCUGACCCGUGGUGUCACAGUUCCUUAAAUACUGUAGAGGUUUUGUCUGUAUCAUCUUCCGUUCCGUUCAGUGAAGAGAAGCUUUCGCAGACUACAAGGAGCGGAAAAUGUUAUUCUUUAGUCCCCUUAAUGGAAUCAGACAUUAAAUUACAUCUUGCAAAAAGCCAAGGCAAACCUCACAGGCAUUCAGAAAGCAAAGAAUGGAAGAAGGCCAAAUUGGAUAUAUCUAGAAAGAACAACACUCCUUGGGAAUGUGAUGACAGUUAUACACAGAGUAAAGAGAAACACACAAGAAAGGAGAAAGUACGGGAUUAUGAGUCAGAAAGAUCAGAUUAUUUCCCAAGCAAACAUAAGUCAGCAUCAAAACCUCCUCAAGAGGAUAUCAGCUUCCAUUCUGAAGGAAAACAAAACCCAGCCAUUUAUGCCUGUAUACCAUCAGACUCGCUGGAGAUUAUACCCCAAACCGUUCGCUGGACUAUUCCCCCCAACACUUUAAGGAAGAAGAACUUCAGAAUUCCCCUGGUGGCCAAGAUUUCAAGUUCUUGCAACAUAUGGAGUUCAUCCAAAAAGCUGCUGGGGUCGCUGUUAGGGUCCUUCAGCCUCACUCGUCAAAAAUGAUGUUACCAUAUCAAGAUUCAUCUCGAGGGGAAAG